AUGAAAAAAUACAGAGAACUAUUUAAAGACUCAACUGAGUCAUCAAAAAUUGAACCAAGUAAUACAUCAGGCUUGAAAGAUCUGAAAGUAGAUUAUGGCACAGUUUUCAAAUCUUUCGAAGCAUCAUUUCUUAUACUUAAUCCUGACAGUAGUAAAAAUGAUAAAAUGUUAUACUGCCUCAAAGCUAUUAUCAAAAACUGCCUAGAUAAAUUGCCAAUUAAUAAUAAAGAAGUGUUAAAUUAUAAUGAUAAUAAACCAGAUGAUGAUAAGCCAAAUGAUGAUAAGCUAGAUGAUAGUAAGCCAGAAGAUUAUGAGCUAGACAAUAAUAUGCCAGAUGAUUAUGAAAUAAAUGAUAAACUGAAUUAUUAUAAUAAAAAUAUUUGGAAUAUAGAUGCCUAA